GGUUCUAGAGAAAAAAAAAAGUGCAUGUGUUCAGAAAUGUGAAAGUUAAAUCUUGAUUAUAUAUUCUACAUUUCAGCUGGUCUAAUGGCGAGUUACAAACAAUGCAAAAGUUAAUAAAAAAGGAAACGGAAAGAUUUUGAAAAUUUUAAACGGUUUAUUUUUAAAUUUCAAAAUGCUGAAUGUAUUAAACUUAAUAUUUUUAAAAUCAAGAUCAAUUGAAAGGUUAUAUUUGAGCAGUAACCUUACUACCUGGUCUUCUGUAGCAUCUGCUUUCAACACGAAACCAUCAAAAGUUAAAUCUUUAAAAUGUCACUUUUUAGGUGAAAGUACUGGCAUAUUUGGGUACGGAGAAUUGCAAGAGCCGAAUGGAUUUUAUUUACUGAAAGAUACUGCUGUUAGUAAAGCAGAAUGCUUAAUACACGAAAUCUUAUAUUCUAAACGUCAAAGAAAAAUGGUAAGGGUGUUUGAUGAGUUAUCAGACACUAUUUGUAAAGUUGCAGAUUUAGCGGAAUUUGUAAGAAUAGGUCAUCCACAAGAGCGUUUUGCAUACGCAGCUAGAGAGACCUCUGUUAACAUUAGCAACUUAGUUGAAAAACUCAACACAAAUACAGAUUUGUACAUUAAUUUGAAGCAAGUUUUGGAAAAUGGAGAUGUUUGUCCUACAGAUGACAUAGAUAAAUAUGUUGGAAAUUUGUUUUUAUUUGAUUUUGAACAAUGUGGGAUUCACUUGGAAAAAGAAAAAAGGGAAAAAAUAGUUGCCUACAAUGAUUAUAUAUUGCAUGUUGGUUCUCAUUUUAUGAAUAAGACAUUAAGCCCAAGAACAAUAUUAAAAUCCCAGCUUCCAGAAACCAUCAGACAAUGUUUCGCUGUGGAUGGGGAAACAAUUGCUGUAAAUGGCCUUUUUGCAGAUUCAAAAAACGAGUUGCUGAGAGAAGCUGCGUAUAAAAUAUUCUUAUAUCCUGACAAACAACAGGAAGAAUUACUAAAUGAGUUGCUGAUGGCUCGUCAUAAACUGGCUAAAUUGUGCGGUUUCCCUACUUACGCACAUCGUGCUGUACGAGGAAGCAUAGCUGGAACUCCAGAAUUUGUUCAUGAAUUUUUAAAGCUAUUAAGUGAAAAACUGAAGCCAAAAGCUGAAAGUGAUUACAAUGUAAUGUUAAAUUUAAAACAAGAAAUUAAUAAAAAUAGUAAAUCAUUAAUGCCAUGGGAUGUCCCUUAUUUGAUGUCAGAAGCAAGACAUCAAAAGUUUGAUGUGAAAUCUUCUGAUUAUAGUCCAUACUUUUCAUUGGGAGCUUGUAUGGAUGGACUAAACUACAUUUUUAACUCUCUUUAUCAAGUGACUUUGAAUGUGGAAGAUGUACAAGAUGGAGAAUUGUGGUAUGAAGAUGUUAUUAAAUUAAGUGUAAGUGAAAAUGAGGAAGUUCUCGGGUAUGUUUAUUGUGAUUUUUUCGAACGUCCAGGAAAGCCAAAUCAAGAUUGUCAUUUCACAAUUCAAGGAGGUAGGAUGUGUGAUGAUGGAACUUAUCAGAAACCUAUUGUUGUUUUGAUGUUGAACUUACCAAAUGCAACCUGGUCACAACCUUCCCUUCUAACUCAUUGUAUGGUGGACAAUUUAUUUCAUGAAAUGGGCCAUGCAAUGCACUCAAUGUUGGCACGCACAACUUAUCAACAUGUCACCGGAACUAGAUGUUCUACUGACUUGGCUGAAGUUCCAUCCGUCUUAAUGGAAUAUUUUGCUUCAGAUCCUCGAGUAGUCUCAAAAUUUGCCAGACACUACAAGACAGGAGAAGUGAUACCAAUGGAUCUAGUCAAGAAAUUAGGAAGUACAAAAAAGAUGUUUUUGGCUUCCGAAACGCAGUUGCAAGUAUUUUACGCAGCUUUUGACCAAGCCUGUCAUGGUUACCAGUUGCUGAAUUGUUCUACAACCGAUUUAUUAGCUCAAAUACAAAAUACUUUCUAUGGUUUGCCACAUGUUCCAAAUACAGCAUGGCAACUACGUUUUGGACAUUUGGUAGGUUAUGGUGCCAAGUAUUAUUCAUACCUUGUUUCUCGUGCUGUAGCUUCAUGGAUAUGGUAUGAAUAUUUUAAAGACAAUCCUUUCAGCUUUGAAGCAGGAAAAAGAUAUCGAAAUGAAGUCCUAGCACAUGGUGGUUCAAAGCCUCCACGAUUGUUGGUCGAAGAUUUCCUAGGUGUUAAAGUUACCCCACAAACUUUGUCUGAUGCAUUGUUAAAAGAUAUUAAUUAUAAAUAUCCAGAUUGAUAUUAAUUUUAUUGAGUUGUUAUCACUAAUAAGGUUUAAUGAUGACUUAUGUUGGUACCAAACUUGCAAAUAAGAUUACCAAACUUUAAACUGCCAACUUAAAUUAUUUUCUGUUAAAUGACUCAACAUUACAUAAUAUGGCACUCCUGAAAAUUCGAGGAUUCAAUUAACAACUCAAAUAUCUGUACCUCAUGGCUAGACGUAAGUCCAAAAAUUGUAGUUUUUGGGUUAUUAUUGCAUUGUAUGUAGAAUCAUAUUCCAUAUUGUGUCAUAGCAAUGUAAUUCUAUGUAUAAAAAAAAAUCUUUAUAGCUCUUUACCAGUGCUAUAAGAGUGGGAGUCUCAACUUUUGUAUUCACUAGACAACAGUGCCGGAUCUACUAUUUUUCGAAAUUGAUGCAAAGACUUGGAACUGCACCCUAUAUCCAUCAUCCUUCCAAUUUUUAUACCUAGUUAUAAUGAAAAAAAAAAAACAGAAACAGGGUUAUCUUGCUAACCAAGGCAAAGUCCCCGUCUUGCUCCCCCUAGAUUCAGCACUACUUGACUACCGUUUUUACUCUCCUUUAAAGUAGUAACGAUAUGACUUAUGUUAGUCUGACUUGGUACAGAUUUUAUCUAUGAAAUAUUCUCUUUGUAAGCUUCUUCUCUUGUGGCUCCUUUACUAAGAAAGUUCAACGAAUCAGCUUAAGUGUGAAGCAGGAAUUUCUGAUGAGACCUGAUUGCAUAGCAAGCUGCUGUUCACCAAUGCAACUUUGAACUAACUCUUUUUUUCUUCUGGUAGAGAAUAGGUCAAAAAUUCUACCUGCAAUCCUGGAGCGGAAAAAGCCUGAUGCCUGUUACCCUUGAGCAAGUCUGCAGACUAUUUCUGAAUUGGAAAGAUUGUUUUUUACCCUUUCUGUAUGAAUCUGUUGAAUUUAAAGUAGAAAAAUACAUUUCAGAAUGAAACAGAAAAACAAAAAAGGUGCCAAAAUCUAUAUUGGAAUCCAUUGUGGCUGAGAGGUCAAACGCACUUGCUCUGGCAGCUAUCUGAGCCUCAGUUUUCCAUUUUGUUUUGAAGCUUGCUUUUAAUCUACAUUUUUCAAAAAAAAAAAAAAAAAUUAGCAUUUCAUUUUCAUGCAUUAAAUGGUGAUGUUAUAAUGACCAUUAUGACUAAUUUAAUGCUGGUUUACCUUGCAGACUAACUUUGUGGUUUUCAAUCUGCAUUGCAGGUCGCUGAGAACAAUUCCUCUACCAAGUCUGCAAUUAUUCAAUUUUUUCUUCGAAGCGAAGGGAAUUUUCUCGUUGUGGUUUAAAACUACUUCCAAUAGUCGGGCUAAUGGCUCUAAGUGGAAAUUACAAGCAUGGUAAAAGAAAUAAUUCUUCAAAAUUAAUAGCAUGACAAUGAAAACUUGUAAUAUUUCUUAAAAGCUCAUUAAGUCUAUAAAUUCUAGAGAUAAAUCCUAAGUAUAAUUAUUUUACUUCUGAAUCUACUACUGAAAUAGAUACAUGUAAAAAAAAAAAAAAUCAUUAACUUUAACAGUAGUGCACAACAAUUACUGUUUAGUUGAAAAUUUUACAUUGAACAAAAUAUAUUGUAAUGAUUGUGUAUAUCAAACAUCUGGGUCAUCCAACGCCUUGGGCUUUUUAUGAAAUGUAGACAAAAUACAAACCCUGACUGUGCAUUGUGUGUUCCAUAUUGAUUCUGGAAGCAGAAUAUUUAAAAAAUGUUCGAUGUUCACACCGAAAACUGCCUCUAAUCCCUUUUUGAUUUUAAAUUUAAACUUCCAUUGCAUGGAACGAUAAAAUCAAAAUUAGAAUCAAAUUAAGAAAAUUCAAAAUAAUAAUGUUUUUUUUCAUCCUGAACAAUUGGUGUGGGUGCACAUUGUGAACUUUGGUGGCACAAGGGAAAAAUGUUAUAUGAAUCUGAGCCUUUAUAAUCUGUCACAUAAAUAACUUGUUUUUUAAACAUUAUUUGUACUAAUUUAUGAAUAAGGCUUGAAAAUAUUUAUUAUCUCACUUUCAUCACUGAUAUUCAAAUAUUAGUCUUCUUUUUUUUUUCGUCAAUUUCUUAACUUCGGUAUACUAUUAGAAGUGCACACCAGGGGGGGGGGGGGGGUCAUACUGUGCCAUUGAAAUUUUUAAGGGGGUUGUUUUUAGGGUUAUUUUCCUCUUUUUUGGGGGGAGGGGCAUCCCUGUUUUUAUUGCCUCUUUUUAACUAGGAAAAAUUGUUAAAGUUAUCUGUAAUCUGGUGCCUGUAUGUAUUAGUGAUUAAAAGUUUAUGUGAAUA